GAAAGUCUAUGUCAAAACUGUCAAAAGAGUUUGAUACUUUACUUUUGUGACUCAUUUAUUUAAUAUCUCCGUUCUUAUUGUUGAAAUUCAGAUUAUUUUAUAAACAUUCCACAUGGUUUUAAACGUCGAACAAAACACGUUAAAAAACAAUGAAUUUUGUAGUAUUUGCCUGUUCUAAUUCAACAUUAAAUUUUAUACAUUAUAAUUCAAGAAUAUGCUAGUGCAAUUUUUAAUCUAGAGUUUUACUUGGUUCGUUUAUUAUGGAUUCCAUAAGAAAGUGGCUGUAUAAACCUAAGAAAGACGACAAAUCUCUAUUGGCACAGUUCUUCUAUGCCGACGAGGAUUUAAAUAUAGUAGCCAACGAAUUAGAUAGCUUUGAUGGAAGAAAAGAUCCCGAUAGGUGCACGACAUUGGUGAGCCAGUUACGACAAGCUCAAGACAAAGUUCUUACUAUUACUAACGCAAUCAUGGACGUGCUCAUAGGAAACGAACGGGCCAAUCGAGAUUUUAGGGUGAAGUUUCCUGAAGAUGUUCUACAAGAAAAUUUGGCGGGCCAGUUGUGGUUUGGAGCAGAGUGCUUGGCAGCUGGUUCCUCCAUCAUGAAUCGGGAAUUUGAGAGUAACGCCAUGCGACCGUUAGCCAAAGCAGUAACUAGGGGAUUAGAAAACGUACGGAACCUCCUCCGAGAUACUUGUUUACGUAACAACACACCAAACGGACCAAUUAAACUAGAUUCCAACGAAUUAGUGACCGAAGUUCUUUUAGAAAGUUUGAAAAUAUUUGAUAGACUCUUUGCGGAAUUUGAGUUCGCCUACGUUAGCGCCAUGGUUCCCGUAAAAUCGACGCAGGAAUACGAGCUGCAAGAAUUAAUUGGUGUUUUGUUUUCAGAGACUUUACAGAGGGCGCUUAAAAUGUCAUUGUUAACGCAAGAAAUGGUAGAUGACUGUGAUCCAGCUUUAAUGUUUACAAUACCUCGUUUAGCUAUAGUAAGUGGGUUGUUGAUAUUUCCCAACGGACCUCUUUGUAUAGAUAAACCGAUCGAGGAAAUGAGCGAGAUGUUCAGACCAUUUAGGACAUUAUUGCACAAAAUUCGCGAGUUACUUUUUACUUUAAAUAAAUUAGAACUUUAUAGAUUAGAAAAAUUGUUAUGUGAUAAUGAACAAAUUGAAGAUGUUAAAUCAGUGAGCGAACUGGGAGUGAAUAAUGACCUUUUGGAAUUCAUUUCUCCUUUUUAUACCGAUUAUACCCUAGGACAAUAUUCCGUUGAUAAUUAUACGAAAAGUGACCGUUAUAACGCGGGUUCUAGUAGUAAAUGUACCAAACAAGAAACUGAUCAUAUGGAUAAAGGACCUUCUACAUCCGGUUAUUUAUUUCCUCAAAAUGCCAUCCAAAACACCAUGAUCGCCGCUAAUAUAAGGGCUCAUUCGUUAGUAUCUAAUCACGAUUCUCCCCCUGAGCAUGAUUGUUUGGAGAUCAUUUCAGUAGCUGCUGCCACACUUUCUUCAAUUUUGAACACUCAGGGGGAGGAGAGUGGAAAAAUUACUGUAGAGUUGGGAUCUCCAAACGAUUCUGGAGUAUCGACUGAAACUGCUAGUUUAGAGAGGUCUCCUAGUUUAGACAUCAAUGAUUCAAAAAAUGGAUGUGCUUGUGCUGGCAACUCUUCGUCCCCAGUAUGUAAUUGUCAUAGAACAUCUACAAAAGCUGACCCAUGUGUUGAAAAAUCCCGUUACCAAGCAGAGAAACUCUUAUCAAAAUCUUCUCUACCGCUCAGAAAGAGAAAAGGUAACAAUGGACCAAAAAAUUCACUAGAUGAUGGAUUUUCGAGUACCGGAAGUUCGGAAACGUCCUCUUUCAACAGCACAUGCGCCGACGAUGAAGAAAUCGCAAUGGCAAUGCAAGCUGCGGAGCUGGCUACUAAAAACGAAGUUAGAGCUAAAUACAAAUCAAGCGAAGAUUUAUUACAUCGUCUCUUUGUUUGUAUAGCGGGAGUAGCUGAUCAACUUCAAACGAAUUUUGCUUGUGAUCUCCGAAAUAUUUUGAAAUCUGUGUUCUUGAUCAAUGCUUCCGAUACUUCUGCAGAACCCCCUCCAGCCAAAAUCGUGGAAUCAAAUAAUCUAGAUAAUAAUAUCGAAUACCAUCCAACAGAAAGUGAAGUAAUAGAAAAUAACAACGAGUUUUCAGUAGACCCCAAUAUUUUAGCACAAGAAGCUCUUUUUGAUUCAGAUAUUUAUUUCCAUUUAGACUCCGAAGAUGAGUCACCUGAGUACUCUAAUCAUCCAAGGCAACAGCAAGAGGAAGACAGAAAUUUAAAUUCAUUAUCAUCGGACUUAAACAGGUAUGCCUCGCUUCGUGAAGAUAUAGCUAAUUUGCAGUCUCGCGAAAUUUCACGAACCGAGCCGGACAUUCACAAUUUGGAUCCGUCUACCUAUUCGCAACCUCCUAUUUGGAUACCGGACGUCGAAGCUCCAAAAUGUAUGAGCUGCGGAGUAAACUUCACGGUAGUUAAACGUCGACAUCACUGCCGUAACUGCGGCAAAGUUUUUUGUGCUCGGUGCUCUUCGAACAGCGUUCCGUUGCCGAAAUUUGGGCAUGUUAAACCUGUGAGAGUAUGCAACAGAUGUUUUAUAUAUAAUUUGACGCCGUUUACUAUGUGAAACUUUGGAUUUUCGACGUGAGUUAUACAUUAAUUAUAGAUCGGUUUGUCCAACAGGAAGGAUCUUAUGGAUGGAUUACUGCAAUGAGAAUGUUUCAAAAUUUUUAUACAAUAAACAUUUUUGGUUUUCCAAACAACGCAGAAAUUUUUUAACUAUAUUUGUACACUCCAGAGGGACGAUUUGAUUUUGUGGAAUUUGUCCUUUGUUGAUAAGUAAUAAUUCUAUUGAUAUUGUUGCUGUAGGUCUUUAAUCAAUUAUUUUCAAAAUAUAAAAACAGUCACAGCUCAA